GCUGUUGCCGUUGUGUAUGAAGCUAGCCGGGGAUUAACCUGAAGCCUCCUGGAAGGGAUUCUUCGCCUACCGGUGCAUCGCCUUGGCUGUAGUGUUCUGGAUUCGAAUUCCGUACUCUGCGGUCUGGUAUUAUUCGUCUGAUGACAGGGUUCUUCUACUGGCUCUGUAGGCAAGUUGAAGCUGUCUGUCAACAGGUCAAAUGGAAGCUUGGCGGAUUCUAUUGCUUGUGGCUGGCACAUUGUUGUUCGCAGUUGGUUUGCAUGGCGUACCCAUACCUGCGUUCCAACCAGCACGUCGUAAAUGACGCUUCCGCGCUUGCACUGGAUCGUGCCUGGCGUCCAUUUCGCGUGUCCACCCCGAUAAUCACGCACAAGUACUGGCUGACCCGGUCUAAACGAACGUUGCUUGGCACCAAACCGCCGAUUAAAAUCACGUUCCAUCUUUAGGUUCCUUUCAC